AUGAGUAGUAUGGGAAUCAUACAAAUAGCUGCCGUAAUGGGCAGUUGUGUUGCCGGUGGUGCUUAUUUGCCUAUUAUGAGUGAUGAAGCACUUAUUGUAGAUAAAACAGGAAGUAUUUUUUUAGCAGGAAGCUAUUUGGUAAAAGCAGCUAUUGGAGAAAGUAUAGAUAAUGAAACAUUAGGCGGAGCAACAACACAUUGUGAGAUUUCGGGAGAAGAAGAGAUUUAUGGUAUUUUGCCAAAAUCACGAACGGAUCAAUAUGAUAUGAUGGAAAUUAUAAAACGACUGGUAGAUAAUAGUGAUUUUGAAGCGUAUAAAGAGAAAUAUGGACAAACAAUUAUUACUGGUUAUGCCAGAAUAGAUGGUUGGGCAGUAGGCAUUAUUGCUAAUCAAAGAAAAGUAGUUAAAACAAAAAAAGGAGAAAUGCAAUUUGGCGGUGUUAUUUAUUCUGAUAGUGCAGACAAAGCAACUCGGUUUAUUGCCAAUUGCAAUCAAAAAAAAAUUCCUCUCGUAUUUUUACAAGAUGUAACAGGUUUUAUGGUGGGAAGUAAAAGUGAACAUGGCGGUAUUAUUAAAGAUGGAGCAAAAAUGGUAAAUGCUGUAAGCAAUUCGAUUGUACCAAAAUUCACAGUAUUAAUAGGAAAUUCUUAUGGUGCCGGAAACUAUGCCAUGUGUGGUAAAGCCUAUGAUCCUAGACUUAUUUUUGCAUGGCCAAGUGCCGAAUUGGCUGUAAUGGGAGGUUCACAAGCAGCAAAA